GGACGAAGAGGCUACAUAAUGUGACCAAUGCGGGCAGCCGAGACUGGUUACCUCGGUCGGACCGACCAGCCGACCACCCAGAGGCGAGAACUCCGAGAGUGGCACUAGGGAGGAGCACGUCUAUUACGUAAUCGCAUCGCAUCUAUCCGCAUGAUGUUGUGUAAACCCAUACCCUCAUCAUCCACCCUCAAAACUGGAUGGUCAACAGCCACCCUCAUCCACCACCCUUAACAAUUUACAGUCAACACAGUCAACCAGAAAAAAAGAGGGAAAAAGAAAAAAAGAAAGAAAGAACCAACGAACGAACCAACUCCACUGAACUGAACGACAGAAGAUAAACCAGGAUGGGAAAAUCACAAAGCAAACUGUCCCCCGAUCAACUCACCGAGCUUCAGAAAUCAACCUAUUUCGAUAAAAAGGAACUGCAACAGUGGUACAAGGGUUUUCUCAAAGACUGCCCAAGUGGAGUACUAGAUAAACAAGAAUUCGCUAGAAUCUAUAAGCAGUUUUUCCCCUUUGGUGAUCCCGGACAAUUUGCUGAUUUUGUAUUCAAUGUGUUUGAUGAAAACAAGAACGGAACGAUCGAUUUCAAGGAAUUCAUUUGUGCUCUAUCUGUAACUUCUCGGGGGCAGUUGGACGAAAAGUUAAAAUGGGCUUUUCAACUGUAUGAUAUUGAUGGGGAUGGUUUUAUCACUUACGAAGAAAUGUUACAGAUCGUGAGAUCAAUUUACAAAAUGACCGGACAGAUGGUCAAACUACCACCUGAUGAAGACACUCCCGAAAAGAGAGUAGAUAAGAUCUUUCGGAUGAUGGACCACAACAAAGACCAUAAGUUGACAUUUGAUGAAUUCAAGGAAGGCAGCAAACAGGAUCCGACCAUCGUUCAGGCCUUGUCGCUGUAUGAUGGCUUGGUAUAGUAACCCAUUCGGUUUCCAGCUUCUUGAAUGGUUUUCUGUCAGCUUAUUAUCUUCCCUACGAUAUCUACUCCCACGAUUUGUUACAACAGAUAAAAACAAAAGAAAGAUAAAAGCCAAAAAAAAAUGAAAAAGAAAAGAGAUAAAAAGACCCGAAACAGAAAAAAAAACCAUACAGAGGAUCGCCCUGUCUUAGGGCUAUGACAAAUAUCUGGGAAGUAUGUACUACGUCGUACUGUGAAUGUACAGGCAAAGAUUGAAACAGAUAAAUACACGGACCAGAUAAUAAUUCUCCGAAUCGAUCAAUUAACUUUUCCCUUUGGGUACUGCUUUGAUAAUGUCGUACAUUUUCUUUUCUAGUUUUCCUGUCCUCUUUCACACUUUUAUCCAAGCUGUUUGUCGUAAAAUUUGAUCCCCCUCGAUGCCUCCUUUUUUGUUUCUUUGUCACAUAUUUACCUGGGCCUUCUUUCACCUUCUUUGCCCGGCGAGCUCCUUCUUCUCUUUCCGAUCCUUAUAUGUUUACCAUUCUUCUUCUCUUUUAUCUCUUUGUUCAACUGCAAAUAAAUGUAAUACUUCAAUAACAAAACUCAAAUUUGUGAGAGCUAGAACAGAAUUUGAUGGGGAUGGAUGAAAAGAUACUAGUCAAA